GACAGAGCGAAUAGAGAGGAGGUCUAGUACUAGAAGGUGCCUCCGCCACUGGGAAACGGGUUUCAGUCCGUGUGUAUUGAUGUUUCCUCGCGCACGCCUCUCUCUCUACAUUCUUCAGCCUACGAGCGGCCACGCAACCUCAGCAGAGAGCGCGGAGAAGGCAGAGCCGUUUGUGAGGAAGCGCAACUUUACAGACCUUUCAGGACAUAAGAGUGGCUCCUAGGCGUCUACAUGCCCGAACCAGAAGAUCCGCGGCGGACUCCGCAAGGUGUCUCCUACGCCGACCUGAAGCACUUCGUCAACGCCGACGGACAGCACUUAUUCUGCCGCUACUGGGAGCCAGAGGCCCCCCCAAGGGCUCUGGUGUUCGUGGCACAUGGGGCAGGAGAGCAUUCUGGGCCGUAUGAUGAGAUCGGCCAGACCCUGAAGGAGCAGUCCUUGCUCGUCUUUGCGCACGACCACGUUGGCCAUGGCCAGAGUGAAGGAGACCGGAUGAAUAUUAAGGACUUCCAGGUGUUUGUCAGAGACUCCCUCCAGCACAUUGAUCUGAUGAAGGGCCGACACCCCGACCUGCCUAUCUUCAUCAUCGGACACUCUAUGGGUGGAGCCAUCUCAAUUCUGACGGCGUGUGCACGACCGAGCGACUUUGCCGGCGUGGCUCUGAUCGCUCCUAUGGUCAGGAUGAACCCAGAGUCUGCCACGCCCUUCAAGGUGUUCCUGGCUAAAGUCGCAAAUCACAUUGUGCCCAGUCUGACUCUGGGCUUGAUUAAGUCUAAAUGGAUUUCACGGGACCAAACACAGGUUGAAGCAUACGACACUGACGAGUUGAUCUAUCACGGUGGGGUACGUGUGUCAUUUGCCAUGCAGAUGAUAGGCGCGUCGGAGCGGAUCGAGAGAGUGAUCCCCGCCAUCACCUGGCCCUUCCUGCUUCUCCACGGCGACGUCGACAAGCUGUGUGACAUCGGAGGGUCCCAGAUGAUGUUUGACAAGGCCCCGAGCACGGACAAGAAGAUCAAGGUAUAUGACGGAGCAUACCAUGCCCUGCACCAUGAACUCCCAGAGACUGCGGCGUCAGUGCUCAAGGAAGUCACCGUCUGGAUCUCCGAGCGUCUCCCUGCGUCUCCUUCUCAGGGGUCCUAGUCUCCUCUUCCUCUCCACCCCCCUCCCCCCCCAUCCCAACCAACCCUGCCCUCCAUGCUGUAUUACCACUGUAUGAACCUCAAACCUUUCUACAUUUGUACUGACCAUUUGAAAUACUAAUGCCAACUUGUCAGUAAUCUUUGGACCCCUAGGGCCAUUGUAGGGAAGUCCUGAUUUCCCAGGCUCUACAUUAGGGACAACAGCUGUGCCCCAGAUGCCAGGCAGCAGGUCAUAGUACAUAUAUCAGCCAUGUCUCCCUGUACUGAGUUCAAAGAGAGCCAUGCUGAGAGCUGGGCCAAGCGCAAUUCACAGAGGCAUUUUUGUAAUUUGUAACCACGGUGAUCACCAGGCCGACAGAAACGUGUUGAAUUCCCCCCAUGCUGCGGCGCUCCCUUUUGUGUGUUGCCGUGGAGACAACUGGCCUUUGUUCUCCCCUCCAUAUCUCAGAUCUUCUGAUCAUAGAGUCAAACAUCUUGGACUUUUUUUGAACGCCCCAGACUGCUGCCCCCAAUGGUUAUUUGUCAGAACUGCAGGGUUUUGGUGGCUGCAGUCCAAGACCAGAAGCUGCCCGUUACCAUGGCAGCAUCUCAGAAAAAAAAGGUUGAAUCCAUUGGAGCGCCACUGUAAAACGAGGCAUGCUGUGACCCAUUAUACAGUAGAUGCAGUGUACAGACAAAGGCAUCACUUCGCUGCAGUUGACUCUGCAUUUAUGAAGCUGACAGGGCCUUAGGGUACCACCUGCAACAUCAACAUUUAUGGGUGUUUCCCAUAGUCUGCAUUGGACUAAUACAGAUUACAAUGUAUUGUUAUGAGUGGAAAGCCCACCUAUCUUGUUACAUUUAUGAUUGAUGCUUACUGGCCAAUCGGAUGAAAGCUCUCUUCUUAUAUUGUUUGAGUGUCAGAUUGACUUGACAGAUGGCCCCGGCAUGGAACACAUAGUUAACGUGCUGGAGCUAGUCCGUCUUUGUGUGGUUAACAAACUGUCAAUAAACAGCAGAAAGAGAGAAGGUCGUGGUUUCCUUCUUCCCACGCCAACAUCAACCAACGAGGAGCUGACAGAAACAAGACGGGACUUAUCAGCUACGGUACAGUAGCUGGCUAAGAUAACUCUGUUGACGUUAACUGUGAAGCUAACGUACUGAAGAGGCUAGCUGGUCAACUCUAAGGAGCCAACACAACACUGGUGUCGGAAGUGCUUCAUUUUCUACUUUUAUUUAAAGGUCCCGAAUAGUGAAAAUCAUGUUUUUCAUCAAAUAUUCAGAUGAAACAAGUUCAUAGUAGGUUGACCCAAGUAUGAAAAAUGACUAUCUGGUACAUUGACAAAGUUGAUCAUAGAGUUACUGGUCCCCUCCCCCCAUGUCAAACGCAUGGAUUCAGGAGGCAGGCGGUACUUCCGGCUUUAUGCAACAUCACGUAAAGCCAGACAUGUUAUACACCAAUGGUAGUGUCCUGUAAUCUUAACUAAUUUAAAUAUGUAACUACGCCUUAAAACAUCGCGUGUGCACAUCAUACAGCUUUGUUUACAAACUGUAAGAUAGCUUCAAGCAGAACGUGAAAGCGAGUCAGUCUCCAGUCACAAAUAUGAUGACUUGCAAGUCGACUUUGACUUUAACACCAAUGACUCUGACUUAACUUGGACUUUAGACUUUUGACUCGAACUGACUUGAUAACCUCCCCAAGCCCAAACGUUAAAAAUUAUGCUAUUAAAAAAAGUGUGCAGCGCAUCAACUCUCUUUAAGAAGUUCAGAUUACAGUUUGAAUUGGACAGCAGUCAAUCAAAUUGUGGCAGCUGAGAAAAAGUUGCGCGUGGCAGUGCAGAGGAAUGUCGGCGGGUGAAUUCAGUCGGAGCCUUUGGAAAGAUGAUACCCCAAAUUAUUAUUUUCGAAUAUUAAUAGUCAACAAAAAACGGAUUGCAACUUGCAAAACAUGCGGGAAGAAAAUGACAGACGGAGGAGCAACAAUUUCCAACUUUGUUCGACAUUUGAAGCUGCACAAAGAACGGUAAGUCGCGGCUAAUAUAGCCGACAGCUAUAUAUAUAUAACUUUGCUUGUGUAGCAUGUAGGCUAACGUAACGUUAAAUCAAUGGACCUCCACACAGUCAGUCAGUGCGGGAACGUGAUCAUUGCACCCAAGAUUGAGCAACAAAUGGCUAGGCAGUUGGUAGCCUAAAUCCUGCGUGAUGUUACUGCGGUUCCUGAAACCAUUAACAUACGCUAGCCUACUCUAACCACACACAGAGAGGGUGUGUGUGUGUGUUGGGCGAUUGUGUACAAACCUACCUCGCCCGAUUGCGAUCCUCGAUAGUCGAUCGCUAUGGGGGGUCUUUCUCAUGGCUACCAAUGUAUUUCCAUGGAAUUAUGUUUAUCUGGAAAGUAAUAAAUAUACAUUUUUUUUAUAAAUGUAAAUGUAAUAUACUAACUAUUACUCUUGUUAAAAAUACGAAAUGGUAUUACAUUUGGUGAAGAGCACAUUAUGACCUAUUUAGGACUCGAAACUCAAAGUUUAGGACUUGGGACUUGAGUGCUAAGACUUGAGACUUACUUGUGGCUUGUAAAACAAUGACUUGGUCCCACCUCUGCUGGUAACUAACCUCUUCAUCUGGGUUGUGUCUUUUAGCUAGCAAGCUACUUACCAGCAUGCCGGAAAAAGCACACUGUGUUGUAACUGGAUGCCAUAGUGUUCAUUUAAAAUGGAACUGACAGCUUUUAAGCAACAUGAAAACGUAUUAAAAUCUGUUCAUAUGCUCCCCAGGAAGAAUAUUACACUUAAAAAAAAAAAUCUGACAAGUGAGCACUUACAUAUGUUAAUUUUCACGUUUUGAUAAAUUCAUAGAAUGUUUGGGAAUGACUUAUAGUAACUAAUAAACCGGCUAGUAGUAGCCGGCUCCAAUGCAUGCUUGUUCCAACACACGUUUUGACAACUGAAUGGGAACUAGCCUGCCUGCCCGCCCAUUUGAUCGAUACCAAAUACAUUUGACAGACAACUAAGAGAUAUGCUAACUGUGGAUAACAGUCAUUCAAAUUCAGCAUAAGUAGCUAGCAAAACGAUUCACAUAUUGGUAGUAAACCAAAUGACACCUGCACCUCUAGCUGUAGCCACCGAAAAAAAGUUGGUCACUCACCCACUGCUCCAAUGACAUCCUCCUAGCAGCUAGCUAGCUAACGGCUCCGUGAUUUUAGCUUGCUAAAUAAAUAGCUAGCUACAUAAAUAGAUACUCUAGCCUAGGGGUGCCAAACUCAAUCAGAGCACAGGUCAUAUUGAAAAAACACAAUGAAUUCAUGGGCCAGACUUAGCCUAUUUGUUAUAAAAAAAACAUGAAACUAUGACCUAAACUGGCCAUUGUUUUAUAAGAAAAAUAUGUCCCUUUAUAAUGUCUACUUAUGUACACAGGAGGCUGUAUAUACAGUUGAAGUCGGAAGUUUACGCACACUUAGGUUGGAGACGUUACAACUCGUUUUUCAACCACCACACAUUUCUUGUUAAACAAACCAUAGUUUUGGCAAGUCGGUUAGGGCAUCUACUUUGUGCAUGACACAAGUAAUUUUGCCAACAAUUGUUUACAGACAGAUUAUUUAAUUUAUAAUUCACUGUAUCACAAUUCCAGUGGGUCAGAAGUUGAAAGGCCGCUCAGCAAGGAAGAAGCCACUGCUCCAAAACAGCCAUAAAAAAGCCAGACUACCGUUUGCAACUGCAGAUGGGGACAAAGAUUGUACUUUUUAGAGAAAUGUCCUCUGGUCUGAUGAAACAAAAAUAGAACUGUUUGGCCAUAAUGACCAUUGUUAUGUUUGGAGGAAAAAGGUGGAGGCUUGCAAGCUGAAGAACACCAUCCCAACCAUGAAGCAAGGGGGUGACAGCAUCAUGUUGUGGGGGUGCUUUGCUGCAGGAGGGUCUGGUGCACUUCACAAAAUAGUGAAUAUGUGAAUAUAUUGAAGCAACAUCUCAAGACAUCAGUCAGGAAGUUAAAGCAUACUUCCAAAGUUGUGGCAAAAUGACAACAAGGUCAAGGCAUUGGAGUGGCCAUCACAAAGCCCUGACCUCAAUCCAAUAGAAAAUUUGUGGGCAGAACUGAAAGAGCGUGUGGGAGCAAGGAGACCUACAAACCUGACUCAGUUACACCAGCUCUGUCAGGAGAAAUGGGCCAAAAUUCACCCAACUUAUUGUGGGAAGCUUGUGAAAGGCUACCUGAAACAUUUGACCCAAGUUCAACAAUUUAAAGGCAAUGCUACCAAAUUCUAAUUGAGUGAAUGUAAACUUCUGACCCACUGGGAAUGUGAUGAAAGAAAUAAAAGCUCAAAUAAAUCAUUCUCUCUACUAUUAUUCUGGCAUUUCACAUUCUUAAAAUAAAGUGGUGAACCUAACUGACCUAAGACAGGGAAUUUCUAAUAUGAUUAAAUGUCAGGAAUUGUGAAAAACGGAGUUUAAAUGUAUUUGGCUAAGGUGUAUGUAAACUUCCGACUUCAACUGUAGCCUUUUAACAUAUUUAAACAAAAGAAGCGAAAUAAUAUUUGCCGACCUCUUGCUGCUAAUUAAAAAAUAUUUAAUAACUCCAAAUAACAAAAACCUAGCUAUAGGUUGUUGUAACAUUUGUGUGCACUGCAUGGAUCAACAGUGCAGUUGCAUGGUGCUGUAAAAGCAUGUAUUGUUGUUGUGUAGCAAGGCUGAUGCUCAAAUAUUGCUGUAAUAGGCCUACAUGUUUCUCCUUUGCAUGGCGUUUUGUUUUAUGGGUUAUUAAAUGUCAAGCUUCAAAAACCAAAGCUAGACUGCAACAUUUCAGUAGCCUAGCUAGGACAGUGGCAUGUGUCUACACAUUCCCUCCACUGGGACACACGAAGCAGUGCAAUUGUUGUUGAAUUCACCAAUGUGAGCUCAUCAGGCUGUAAUUUCAUAAAGUAGAUGACUCAACUGUUAACUUAUUUAUACUCACUUGUGUGUCCUAUUCAGCCCGCGUGGCCUUGUGUUUGACAAACGUGCGCUAGCCUAUUAGCCACUUUAUGACAGGCUUGCGAUCAUUGCCAUUGCUUGUAUGCAGUGACGACCUGUCAUUCAGGGGUAGAGCCCCACAUUUUUUGCAAAGCAAAAUAAUAUAGAUAUACAUAUAUAUUUUUGGUCUUGCCUGCUUUGCAUGUUAUUUUGGCAUUAAUACAUGUCACAUAUCAGUUUGAAAACAAUGUAAAAAAUAAUAUAUAUAAUUGAGAUAAUACACAUACUCUUUUUGGUUUUCUUGAGUAAGCCAGCUCCAAAAUGCAGGUGUGUCAGCCUAGCUCGAUGCUUUCUGUGGUGGUGGGACGAGCCAGCAAAAAAUAGGAGCAUUGCGCCAUGAUUGACUCAGUGUUGUGUCACUCAUGGGGACAGUACGUCAUCGUGAAGUUUAUGUCAUUAGUAAGGGUAGACAUCCAAAAUUUCAGCCCUUUGGGUCCUGCCAUAGAGUUAUAUUACAAGUGUCCUUCCAAGAAGGCUCAAAGUCAUUGGCCACAGAUAAAAUGACGUCAAAUCACGUUAUAUGUACAGUAGCUUUGAUUGGACUGAUCAUGUCAACACCCAGUGGUUAGAGCAUUGAGCCAGUAACCGAAAGGUUGCUGGAUCAAAUCCCCGAGCUGACAAGGUAAAAAAGCUGUCGUUCUGCCCCUGAGCAAGGCAGUUAACCCACUGUUACCCGGGCGCUGAAGACGAGGAUGACGAUUAAGGCAGCCCCCCCGCACCUCUCUGAUUCAGAAGGGUUGGGUUAAAUGAGGAAGACACAUUUCAAUUGAAGGCAUUCAGUUGUACAACUGACUAGUGUGGUGGAAAUUCUAAUCAACAACAAGGAGAGACAAUCACCAAUCAGGAUAUUACUUUAUUCAAAACGUGUUAAGAAGAAAAGCAUAGAGCAAUUGCUUCUAUAAUGAUGAGGCUGGUCGGCUCAACACUUCCAAGUGUUGUGGUGAGUAGCUCUGACAUACAAAAUAUAUUUGAUAGAAAAGAUACGCCCUUUUAGUCUUCUUCACAAACAACAGCUGUAUGGAAUGGGUCACAAGGUGAAACUUGAUAUACCGCCAGAUUGCAUUUGCUAUGAAGACUGUUAUUAUUGUUUAGUCUGGCCCCUAAGAUGAGGCUCCGAUCUCUUUCCUGGUAUUUCAUAGCAUAGAAACACCAAUUCAUUCUAUGGCAUGAAUCAAUUGUCAACUCCAGAUACUCCCAUCUCAAGUAAAACCCCUUCAUGACCACACACCUGGACAAGCUCACUGAGGGGAGUGAGCCUCUAGGUCAUACACUCCCCCAGGAUAGGUGCGACAUCAGAGAUGACAUACAAUGGUUCCAGACACUACCCCACAUAUCUUUUCUCAGACCUUAUCUCCCCCAAAGAGGGAGUGACUGGCUCACAGACAUUGUGGAGACAAGUACAUGGUUCCCCAUCAUUCACGCCAUCCCUUCACAUGGUUGAGAAUAGGUAAAGACACAUUCACAUAUGAAGACAAAUGUUCCCUCCUGUCCUCUUCUCUUUCUGAUAUUCUGCAUAGCACCAUAGACAUGUGGAAGACACGCCUGACUUCUCCCCUCUCUGGGCCCCAGGUGACUGAGCCCCAGCUGAGGGAGGAAGUGCAACUGCCAACACCAGAGUCCGAAGGGAUACAUUCCAAUAACAAGCAUAUCAUAUAUGCUUUUGUCACUUUUAGAUUAGACUACUGCAAUGCUCUACUUUCCGGCUACCUGGAUAAAGCACUAAAUAAACUUCAGUUAGUGCUAAAUACGGCUGCCAGAAUCUUGAAUAGAACAGAAAAACUUUGAAAUCAGCCCUAGCCUUAACAGGAAGCCAGUGUAGAGAGGCUAGCACUGGAAUAAUAUGAUCACAUUUUUUGCUAACCUACAAAGCAUUACAUGGGCUUGCUCCUACCUACAUGGCUACAUGUACGCUACAGUCACAAGACGCAGGCCUCCUUAUUGUUCCUAGAAUUUCUAAGCAAACAGCUGGAGGCAGGGCUUUCUCCUAUAGAGCUCGAUUUUCAUGGAAUGGUUUGCCUAUCCCUGUGAGAGAUGCAGACUCGGUCUCGACCUUUAAGUCUUUAUUGACGACUCAUCUAUUCAGUACGUCCUACGAUGGAGUGUAGUCUGGCCCAGGGGUGUGAAGGUGAACAAAAAGGCACUGGAGCAACAAACCGCCCUUGCUGUCUCUGCCUGGCCGGUUCCCCUCUCUCCACUGGCAUUCUCUACCUUAUUACGGGGGCUGAGUCACUGGCUUACUGGUGCUCUUCCAUGCCGUCCAUAGGAGGGGUGCGUCACUUGAGUGGGUUGAGUCACUGACGGGAUCUUCCUGUCCAGGUUGGCACCCCCCUUGGGUUCAUGCCGUGGGGGAUAUCUUCAUGGGCUAUACUCGGCCUUGUCUCAGGGUAGUAGGUUGGUGGUUGAAGAUAUCACUCUAGUGGUGUGGGGGCUGUGCUUUGGCAAAGUGGGUGGGGUUAUAUCCUGCCUGUUUGGCCCUGUCCGGGGGUAUCGUCAGACAGAGCCACAGUGUCUCCCGACCCCUCCUGUCUCAGCCUUGGGGGGGGGGGGGGGGGUAAUAGGGUCAAUCUGUUAUAUCUGGAGUAUUUCUCCUGUCUCAUCCGAUGUCCUGUGUGAAUUUAAGUAUGCUCCCUCUAAUUCUCUCUGUCCCUUUUAUCUCUUUCUCACUCUCCCUCUCUUUCUCUCUUAUCUCGGAGGACCUGAGCCCUAGGAACAUGCCUCAGGACUGCCUGGCCUGAUGACUGCUUGCUGUCCCCAGUCCACCUGGUCUUGCUGCUGCUCCAGUUUCAACUGUUCUGCCUGCGGCUAUGGAACCCUGACCUGUUCACUGGACGUGCUACCUUGUCCCGGACUGUACCUGCUGUCUCUAACUCUGAAUGAUCGGCUAUGAAAAGCCAACUGACAUUUACUCCUGCGGUGCUGACCUGUUGCAUCCUCUACAACCGCUGUGAUUAUUAUUAUCUGACCCUGCUGGUCAUCUAUGAACAUUUGAACAUCUUGGCCAUGUUCUGUUAUAAUCUCCACCCGGCACAGCCAGAAGAGGACUGGCCACCCCUCAGAGCCUGGUUCCUCUCUAGGUUUCUUCCUAGGUUCUGGCCUAUCUAGGGAGUUUUUCCUAGCCACCGUGCUUCUACACCUGCAUUGCUUGCUGUUUGGGGUUUUAGGCUGGGUUUCUGUACAGCACUUUGAGAUAUCAGCUGAUGUACGAAGGGCUAUAUAAAUAAAUUUGAUUUGAUAGUAAGCUGUUAGUAGCCCAUGUGCCUCACCCUAAUAAUUUGGUCUAUUUUCACCUCUUGAUUUCACCUAAUGUUACUGUUCUGACUUGGUGGUGCUGCACAUGUAGCUUAUAACCUGUUUUUGAGAAAUGUCAUCUAAUAUUGUAAGAGGUUUCAUUGUCUGCUUAAACUGUAUGCCCCCUUUUUUUAGUCCUAUGGUUCUGACUUGGUGUACAGGGAAAAUACUGUAAAAGCAGCCCAUGUUCUGCAUUCUGUCGCUGUACAUUUCAAAAGUGCUGAACACAGUUAUGUUGUUGCUCACUAAUUAAUAUUUUAAUCGAAAUUACGGAAUGCCUAUUAUCCACUCAUCGUUCCCAUAUGCCAUAGUUUGUACAUCUCAAUUGUCAGUAGAAACUGCAUUUGUUUAAGCAAGUCAGCCAUAUCAGCUAUGUUCUUUAAAAAGUCAGUAAACAAGCCUGAAUGAAUUGUUUCGCUGCCAGACAAGGCUCCGCUGAUAGCCAGGUGUAGCGGUGGUAAGGAUUCACUCCAUUGUGCUGAAAAGAAAGCUCUGCUGAUGGGACAGCUUUAUGUCGGCCCUAACAGUUUGUGGGCACCACUUGUCUCCGUUAUAGUGGAAUUAAUGUAGUGUCUUGGCUGGCAUGCUGCUAAACAUUUGUAUUUAUUUUUUUCCCCCAAUAAGAUAGAUUUACAUGCUAAAAUCGCCACUGCUUGUAUGACUCUAUUGACAAUCCCAGCCUUAGUUACAGUCGUACGUUUUUGUUCAAAAUAUUGAGUCAUUGACACUGAAACAGCAAACAAUGUACCAGGCCAGCUGUGAUUUACAACCUGAUAUCAAUAUAUUUUGGACUAAGAAAUAUAUUGGUGGUUUAUAUUAAUUAUGCAUUGAGUGAAAUAUAACCUGUUUUUAAAACCUU